AUGUCUUCACCUGUCGAGAAACUUGGACCUAGCCAAAACUAUCUGUCAGCGUUUUCGGCGUAUUUCGACAGCGGAAAUAAUCUGGCUCUGUCACCUGCCGCAAUAGGUGGCAUUGUCGCGGGCAUUAUCGGCGUCAUUCUGAUUAUUGUCCUGAUUGUGGUCCUUGUCUAUUACUGCCGCGUACGACAUCCAAAGUAUCAAAGCGCUUACAACACAGACGAAGAUCAGGGCAAUCGAGCACAGACCGCUGAACACGCCCUCCAACAGAAACUGAUUCGCCAUCCCGAUGUGAAACCAGAGUUGUAUAUUUGA